AUGCAGGAGUCAGAAACGACUCGACUCCGGACAGAGAAGUUGGAGAAGAACGGAGACGAGACUCGAGAUCUGCUUCACACCCAAAUGGAGAAAAUCAAAAUCCAGGUGGCCGAGAUCGAACGCCUUGAGCAGAAGUCUGAGGAAGACCAUGCAGCAUUUCAGGCCGCUCUGAAGCAAAAAGACUGCGAGACCGAGGCGCAACAACAGUCUCUACAGCAGGCAGUGGGGUCGCUGCAAACACAGUACACCGAACUGAUUGAAACCUUUCUCAGUUACAGGUCGUAUCAGAAACGAAGGAGUCUCUGA